AUGAAGUCUAUAUGCGACCACCUCCAGGCUUUUCUCAUCCUCUUCAUAAAGUCUGUCGUCUUCGUCGUGCUCUAUAAGGAUUUAAGUAGGAACCUCGUGCUUGGUUUUGCUAAGUUCAAUUCUACACUUCACAGUUUGGGUUUCAUCUCUAGUUCUCAUGAUUUUGGUCUCUUUCUUCGACGCACUGCUGCUGGCACUAUCUUACUUCUUUAUGUAGAUGAUAUGAUCAUUACAGUCUCCUCGGACUCUAGUGGCUACUACCUAUUCCAAGUUAAAUAUGCUUUAGAUCUCUUGGUUUCAGCUGGGGUCACAGAUAGUAAGACUACUGCUACUCCAAUUGAGCCAAACACACAUCUCACUCCUCGUGAUGGCACUCUAUUGGAUAAUCCUACGCGAAAUCGACAAUUAGUUGGCGAUCUUGUCUAUCUGACUGUUACCCGGCCUGACAUUGCUUAUGCUGUACAUAUUGUCAGUCUGUUUAUGAGUGCCCCUCCUUUAGUUCAUUAUGCAGCUGUCCUCCGAAUUCUUCGCUAUGUCAAGAGUACUCUUUUUCAUGGUCUUCAUUUCUCAGCACAUUCUCCUCUUCAACUUUCUUUGCCUAUUCUGAUGCUGAUUGGGCUGGUGACCCCACUGAUUGACGUUCAACUACUGGCUUUUAUUUUUUUGUCGGUGAUUCUUUAA